AUUCGAAGUGUUUCAACGUCAGAACGGAGCGGGAGACAGCUUGUGGGGCAGAUAGCACUGUUCUGGAAACAACUAGCUACAGGCCUCUACGCAGAAAUUAGCAUUUGGUGUCCUGAUGGCGACUGAUGUUGUUGCACAGUUGGCCGAUUCUCUGGCCAAAACUCAGGUGACUGAGGGAGAGUUGAGCUAUAAGGGCCAAGGACGCAAAUUCGACAAUGCACAAUCUGUGGAAGAGAUGGUGAAAGAGAUCCAGGAGUUCAAGGGGUUGCAAGCGCUCAGGCUGGAGGGGAACACUUAUGGGGUGGAGGCAGCACAGGCCAUCGCUAAAGCCCUGGAGACAAAGAGUGAAUUUAAGUACUGUUACUGGAGUGACAUGUUUACUGGGCGACUGCGUUCUGAGAUCCCUCCAGCCCUGAACUCCCUGGGUGCGGCCCUGAUGACAGCAGGCGCCAGACUGACCUUGCUGGACCUCAGUGACAACGCCUUUGGACCAGACGGGGUGAAGGGCAUCGAGAAGUUGCUCAAGAGCACUGCCUGUCACACGCUGCAGGAACUGCGGCUCAACAACUGCGGCAUGGGCAUUGGUGGAGGCAAGAUCUUAGCUGCAGCGUUGACGGAGUGCUAUAAGCAGUCCAGUGCACAGGGCACCCCCCUUGGGCUGAAGGUGUUCAUCGCAGGCAGGAACCGUCUGGAGAAUGAUGGGGCCACUGCCCUCGCCCAGGCCUUCCAGCUGAUGGGUAGUCUGGAGGAGGUGCACGUGCCCCAGAAUGGGAUCAAUCACCAUGGGGUGACUGCUCUGGCCACUGCCAUGCAACACAACCCCCAGCUCCGGGUCCUCAACCUCAACGACAACACCUUCACCAAGAAAGGAGCUAUCGCCAUGGCACAGGCUCUGAAACAUUUGCGUAGUGUCCAGGUGAUAAACUUUGGAGACUGUCUGGUGCGUUCCGAGGGGGCUAUAGCCAUCGCAGAGGCAGUCACUGAGGGGCUUCCCAUCCUCAAGGAGCUGAAUCUGUCAUUCGGGGAGAUUACAGGAGAAGCUGCACUGCUGGUGGCACAAUCAGUCGAGGGCAAAGCCACACUGGAGAAACUGGACCUAAAUGGUAACUGCCUGGGGGAGGAGUGCUGUGAUGCCCUCAGAGCGGUAAUGGAUGGCCUGAACAUGGGAGACCUGCUGGGAUCACUCAGCGAUGAUGAAGGGGAGCCUGAGGAUGAGGAGGAGGAAGAGGAUGACUAUGAGGAGGAUGAUGAUGAAGAUGAGGAGGAGGAGGAGGAGGACAGCAGUGUGAAUCAGGUGUCCUCCCCUCCGUCAGUGCCCCAACCCCCAGAUGCCGCCUCCUUCCUCUGCUUCCCCUCCCCAGACAAGCUGCUCAAACUGGGCACCAAGAGGGCCCUGCUCUUCGAACAGCAGGUAGAUGUGGCUGAUGCUGGUAAGACAGCGGAGGCUUUCCUGAAGAUCUCCUCUGUGUACAAGGAGGAAGAUGAAGAGGUUAAGAGUGCUGUCCUGGACAGUAUUGACGCAAUUCUCAGGAAAGCCUUCGCCAGCCCCUCCUUCCAAGGUUACAACUUUGUAUCAUCGCUGUUAGUAAUGCUGGGACUCCUCAAGAGUGAGGACAAGGUGAGGCCGGUGCGUGUGGUGCCUGGUCAUUUGCAGGCGCUGGAGUACGCCGUACGUCAGGACUACUUCCCCCAGGAGCACAUCGCUGUGCUGGAGGCCUUCAUGUCCCGACACAUCCAGGCCCUGGAGUCGUGCAGCAGCGCCAGGAACAUCCUCAAGUCCACGCUGGAGCAGGUCAGGCCUGAGAGCUGAGUCACACCGGACCCCACAGACACUCUCACUGACUUAAGAACAGAACAAUUCCCACCCCCAGACAUAAAGGGGGCCCUUAGCACAACAAGGACUAAACUGUUGCACUGCACUCUAUUUCACCAACUCAGAAGAUUCACAGCUGGAGCCUUGCACAUCACCUCAUGGAUGUGUAUUAUUUUAAGUGGAAUAGGAUUACACUGUGGAUGGACGGACUGAAUAUUACACACACAAACACUUGGGCGAUUAAGUGUGAAUGGCGCAUCCUGCCUCACCCACAGUGAAAGGACUGAAUUACAAUCUUCAACACAGGUUCUCUCCAUAUUUACCCUCAAUAAGUAAUGUUUUAUGUAAAAAGAAAAAGAAAAGGGAGGUAAAAUGGAUAUAAAAAUACAAAUAUAAAAUGUGUGAUAUGGGCUGCUGUGGAAAUGUGAUUAUACAAUAACAAUCAAAAGGGAAGAACCGAAUAAAUAUGUAGAUUUCUUUAUUGUUGCAGCUAUUAAACAGACACUAUUUGGGUGUCUCCGUUAUUGAGUGGA